AUGGCCCACCCAGGUCCACUUCGAGUGCUGGUCAUCGUCUCACAGCGAAGCUCCCUGAUCACGAAGGCUCGCGAGGCCCCUCAUGAUGUCCUUCGACCAGCAAAGCACCUACUGAAGAAGAAUGGAUUGUCAAGAGAUCCAGAAAUACCUGCUGAGACCCGACUUGUCGCCGUCCAACAAUGGCGCACUCGUGUUUUCAUCGUAUUCGACAUCGCACAUACCAAUUACAAUAUGAAGCUGGGCCAUCUCCCAGAACACAACCAACUCCCAGUGGUCGUCGCUCAUUUCAGCAAGAAGAGAGCAGCUUACAUGGCCAACCCGUGGGUGUCGCGGCGAGUCAACCAUGAUGUCGCCAUGCUUCACAAUGCCAACGGCUUCGAUGCAGUUCCACCUUAUCUGGAGGAUCACUCGUCGGGCAAACCACCAGCGUAUCAAAAUCCGCGGGAUAUCACCAUGCUACGAGUCACAUAUAUCUAA